AUGCCGAAAAACGCGGCGACGGAGCUGUGCGUCCACUGCCUCGCGCUCCACGCCAAAACGGGCGCCGACGAGUCCCUCGCGGCCCUCGCCGCCAAGGAGCUGCGGGCGCGGGUCCGGGGCCCCGAGAAGAAGAAGGACAAGCUCCACCGCAAGGCCGUGACGGCGUUCGCCAAGGCCCUCGGCGCCGCCGCGGCCGUCGACGACGCGACGCGCGACGACCUGCUGCUCCUCUUCGCGCGCCUCGCGGGCUGUUAUACUCGAAGCGGCCGAGUGAAGGCCUUCCCGCCGGAGGGCGCGCGCUUCGUCGCCAAGGCCCUCGCCGAGGGCCUCCAGCCCCUCAACGCGGAGACGUCCGCGACGCUCCCCUCGCGCGUCAAGGCGCCCACGCAAAAGCGCGUCGCGUCCGGAUCCUUGAGCGGGCUCGUCGGCUACGUCGGCCUCUCGCCCUGCACCACGUGGCUCCGGAAGGCCGUCUAUAAGGCCGCGGCCGCGAAGAGCCCCGCGCUCCGGAGCGCCGCGGAGCAGAUCCUCGCCAAGCUCGCGAUCCCCGUCGCCGCGGUCCUCGCCGCGGCGAACGCGCCCUCCGACGGCGCCCUCGACGGCGACCUCAAGGUCGCGGAGCUCAUCCUCACCGAGGACGUCCUCCUCGUCGUCGCCAACCUCUGGCACGCGACGCACUGGGACGUCCUCGAGAACACGGCCCUCGCGGCCGCCAACGACGCCGCGCAAAAGGCCCGGCGCGCCACCGAGCGCGCGGCGUCCGAAGCACGUCGACGCUGGUCAUCCCGAAGGACACAGCCGCGGGAGCAGGCGCGCGGUGCCCGAGCCACGAUGCUGCCACCCAUCCUCUCCGCGUCGAAGCUCGAUGAGCUCGAAAUCAUGGGCCGCGGCAAGCAAAACCCCGCGCCGCCGUCCCUGCAGACGACCACGAAGAGCCUCUGCGGCUCCCUGCGGCGCGCGGCGGCGCGGCGCGGGGGCGAAGCGGUCGCCGUCGCCGCCGUCGUCGCCGCGAUCGCCGCCACGCACGACGUCGGCGCCUGCGCGACGUGGGCCGCGGCGAUGGCGCCGCCCGCGGUCGCCGCGGCGGUCGCGUACCAGUACUUUUUGCGGUUCCGCGUCUACGGCGCGUGGCCGAGCGCGCCGUUCCCGACGACGUUGCCGCUGCUCGGCAACGCCGUCGUCGCCGCGCCGGCCUUCAUGCGGUUUCUGUUGCGGGAGGCGAAGAAGCGCGACGGCCUGUUCCUCUUCUGGCCGGGCGGCGUGCGGCCCAUGUGCGUCGUCGCGACUCCCGCGGCGGCCAAGGCCGUGCUCGGGUCGUCGCGGGCCUUCCCCAAGGGCGAGGACUACCGCGACAAGUUCGGGUUGGUGUUCGGCGACGGCCUCGUGACGAGCAUGGGCGAGAAGCACGCGCGCGCGCGCCGCGUUUUGGGAAAGUACUUCGCGAAGCCGCGCUUGGAGGCCCACGCGCCGUCCAUCGCCGCCAUCUUCGACUCGACGGCCGACGAGCUCUGGGACGCGCGCCUCGCCGACGGGCCCUGCGACAUCGACGUGCAGGAGUUCUUCCACAUCGCGACGCUGCGCGCGUUCUGUUCUGCGAUGAUCGGCGAGGACAUUUUGACCUGGAAGCUCGAGGGCUACGAGGCGCGGGGCGCCGUGGCCAAGUACGUGGCCACGGAGGUGAGCUUCGGGUCCAACGUCGUGGGCGAGCACAUGCUCUACAACAUCCCGAUGUCGCGGGCGUUCCCGCGCGUGCGGCGCCUCGCGGCGUCGUGCGCGGCCGUGCGGCGCCAGGUCUUCAUGCCCUUGAUCGAGCGGCGGCGGGCCAUGGUGCGGGCGGGCGCGGCGCCCGACGACUGCCUCACGGCGCUCGUCGCGAGCGACGGCGACGAGGCGUUCUCGGACGACGAUUUGCUAGAUCAGUUGGUCACCCUGGUCGGCGCGGGCCACGACACGUCGGCCUACUUUUGCUGCUACGGCGCGUUGAUGCUCGCGAAGCACCCGGACGUGCAGGCGCGGCUCCGCGCGGAGCUCUCGGAGGGAAAGAGCGACUGGUCGGACUCUCUCCUGAAACGCGUCGUCAUGGAGGUGCUCCGGUUGUACCCCGUGAUCCCCAUGGUCACGCGCCAGUGCGCGAAGGCGACGGACCUGGUCGACGACCACGGCGCGAAGAAGCGCGUGCCCCAGGGGUCGCGCGUGCUCGUGCCCUUCUUUUUGAUGAACCGGCUCCCGCGGCUCUGGGGCGACGACGCCGCGGCCUUCGACCCGGACCGCUGGCUGCCCCACCAGCGGGCGCACCGCUCCGACGGCGUCAUGCUCGCGAGCCAGGGCCGCACGUGCAUCGGCUACGCGCUCGCGCUCCUCGAGAUGCGCGUCUUCUUCGGCCGGCUCCUGGACCGCUACGUCCUCGAGGACGUCCCCGGCUUCGCGCCGACGAUCAAGGCCGGCGUCUCGCUCACCGUCGAGAACCCCAAGGGCAUCAAGGUCCGCUUCCGCAAGCGGGUCUAG